UUUAAUUAAGUUAAACAAAUCAAAUUAACAUAAAAAGGAGAGAAAAUAAUUCCAAAUUAGAAAAUGGGGAGAACUCCUUUUAUUGACAAAAAUGGAAUAAAAAGAGGUGCAUGGAGUGAAGAUGAAGACAACAAAUUAAGAGCUUAUGUUGAAAGAUUUGGUCAUCCUAAUUGGAGGCAAUUGCCUAAAUAUGCUGGACUAAUGAGGUGCGGAAAGAGUUGCAGACUGAGAUGGCUGAAUUACUUGAGGCCUGGUUUGAAGAAAGGAAAUUAUAGCCAUGAAGAAGAACGACUCAUUAUUAAAUUACACAAUGAACUCGGAAUAAGAUGGUCAGCGAUUGCUACAAAAUUACCAGGACGAUCCGACAAUGAUGUCAAAAAUCAUUGGCAUGCUCAUCUUAAGAAACGUGUGACAAUGGAUCAGCAACUUACUGAUCAAUCUUCAGAGUCAAUUGGGCAAUCUCAAACUUCUUAUAAAGUUUCGGAACAAGACCCAGUUAUUAGAGAGGUGUCAGAUCAUCAUGCUCACGAAACUUCACGUCAUCUAGAGGUUUCGUCAAGAGAUCAUGACGAUUUAUGUUCCGAUUCUAGUUCCCAAUUAAAUGGAUUGGACUGGAUUGAAGAAGAUAAUAAUUACAUGAGAUCAAUGGAACAAUUUCCAAGUAUCAAUUCAUUGGAACCACUUCCAGACUCUUCCUUUACCUGGACAAUUAAUCCUAUCGACACUUUUCAGAAUGAACCUUUUGACCAUAUUUGGACCCAACCCUUCGAUAAUUUCUGGACACAACCUUUCUUUUAAUUCUUAAUUAUAUACCUCAACUUUCAAGAAGAUUUUGAUAUAUUCUAUGAAUUGUUUUUGAGAGAAAGACAAGUACUACAAGAAUUUGUACUGAAUAACAUAUUUCAUGAGCUUUCAAGUUCAAAU